AUGGCAAUUAUCCACGUGAAUACACUUGCUGAACUUGACGCACUCACAAAGGAACAUACCGUCAUCGUUGACUUCUUUGCGACGUGGUGUGGUCCAUGCCAACUUAUGGGACCAAUCUUCGAAGACCUUGCUAAGAAACACACCAACCUCAAAUUUGUGAAAGUCGAUGUCGACCAAGGCCAAGAAGUAUGCAUUAAGUAUGGAGUCAGAAGUAUGCCAACCUUUGUUCUCUUUAAAGGAGGCGAUGUUGUUAAGAAAUUUACUGGUGCAAGCAAGACAGAUUUGAACAACAUGGUUAACCAAGCUUGA